AACUUGGCGGCAAGAAAGUCGCACCUGAGUGUCGGCUUAACAUUUCAUUUGAAAAAUAAAUAAACAAACAUCAAAGGAUUUGCAUAUGUCAACACAUUGCCCGGCUUUCUCUAGUACUUAAAUACAUGUAGUUGUUAUCAAUUUUUUGUUUUUUGUUUUAAACAGAUGCACCAUAGUUCAAUAUAGAUUGCCGAUAAAGUACAAAAUAAAAUCAAAAAGUGCAGCAGGAUAUUACUGGACAGUUGGUUUCAUUGCAGUUGCAAGUACAAAGGCAUGAGAAGGAAGUACAAUUAACAAAAUGUUCCACAUUCAUAACAACAACAACAACAACAACAACCACAACAACCGCAGCAGCAAGUCAAAGCUAAAAGAAUACUUUAUCAAACCUAAGGAAAUCUUUAUAUACACUAACUAAGGCUCCAUAAGUGAAAUAGAGGACAUUAGAAAAUGCAUCAGGUUUUAAGCUAUGAAACGGCCGUGAGGGCUAAUAGUGCACGGGAAUAUCGUGAAUACGUUUCGAAACGAACCUGUGCCUCUCUCGUCCUGACAAUUGCCUUCUUUAUGCUCAUCACGGGUUAUUUGUUGGGAAAUUUUGUGUCCGAGCGAAAAUAUCAAAUACGGCAGCUACUAACAAAUAAGGCAAUUAAGGACUUUGGCGGCAAUGGCAGCGGCAGUGGCGACAGAACCGUGCAACUGAACAAAGCGGAUUUUGCUAGUUUGCAGGAACUGCAGGCAUAUCAAAAGACCAAGGAACAUUUACUUACCCUCGCUCAGACACUGGACAAGCUGCUUAAACGUGAUGAGGGCGAGAAAUUUUUGGCCACCUCAAUCAACACGGAGAUCUUCAACAAGUAUAUAUCCUGUACACAAGAUAUACCUCCGAAUACGAACAUUGCGGCCAAUCGUUUUAUCGAAGAACUAAUUGACAACACAGUGGAUAGGCAACGCGACUGCCUGAGAAUUAUACAGGUGGUCCUCGAUAAUCAUCUAGCCAAUAAUCAGCUCUAAAUGGAAAAUGAAUUUUUAAAUGGGCCAAAUCAGCAAAGUUGCCAGAUAUAACACAUACAUAGAUGUAUAUAUAUCCCCUGGGCUUAUCAGUGUGUGCUCAAUGUGUGUGAGUGUUCUGUAUGUUACUUAACUUAGUGUUCUUUAUUUUGCUAUUUUUACAUAGAUGUGAAUAAUAUUUUGAAACAUAUAUACAUAUAUAUAUAUAUAUAGUAUUUAUCGAUGUGUAAGAAUUUUAUAUGUGUAGACAAAUUAUAUUUCUUGAGCAAAUAAAACCAAAACAUGUUUAGAUGUGUUAAAAUCAAAAA